UCAACGGCCGUCGAACGAAACGGACGCGAACACGGAAAUUGGAACGUUAAACGGACAUUGGCCCCACGCGCCGACAACGACCAUUUUUUUGGUUCUCGAAAAUAAUUUGGAAAAUAUUUUCAAAAUUUAUUCAAAAUACAUAUUCAAUAUGCAAAACGUAUAUACAUUUAAAUACUUAAAUAACAGCGCAAGUUUCUUUUAGUAUUUAUUCGGUAUUUUGUCGAGUGCAGUUCGAGUGGAAAAUCAAAAGCGCGCAACGUGUUUUAAAAUCACUAAAAAUAGCAAGCAAAAUAAUAUAAUAAAAUCAAAUAAGAAGAUUAAAAGUGCAUAUAUAUUUUUAUAUACAGUGAGCUAGUGUGUGUGUGUGUCUGUGUUAAUACAAAUUAUCGACCAAAUACAUAAGGCCGCACAUUUAUAGCGCCCCGUCAUCCGCCCGCGGCGACAUUAACUUCAUUUUUUGUUGCCGCUGCCUGCCUCCGGUUCUUUUGUUUUUGUUUUCGUUUUAUUUCCUAUGGAUAUUGACCAACAAAGGACGCCGUUCAUUAAUUGAGGCAACAGCUCGAGCCGCAAAACAACACAAAGGACCAAAAUACAGACGCACCACAAACUCAGAUUAUGCACCCGAAAGUGCAGCCACAGUUAGAGCAGCACCAGCAACAACAGCACCACACAAAUUGCUUUUGCAGUUAACUGAAAAAUCAAAUCAAACUCAACGCACCACAAACUAAACCACAUUCAGUCGAGUCACAGACGAACCACACGGCAAAAUGGUCGACGAUGUAUCGCCAAUGCAUCAUCGCAUGCAGAAGAAGACGAGAAGUGCCUCGAUCUGUGCCACUGGCGCCAGCAUCGAGACCGUUAUCCACAACAUGCCCUCGGGCAGUGCCACCCCCGAGGGGGGAACCCCCGGCUACAGACGUCGCCGUCCCGCAACGCGCUCCCAAAGCGCACGCAUCACAUCGGGCGCCAGAUCGGUACGCCGACGCACUCAGACUCAGCAGCAGCAGCAGCAACAAAAUACGUUGCAGGACACGCGUUCCUAUUGCACCAGCGAGCCGCGUCUCAGCGAAACGGAGACGCCUCCGCAACGUCGCAAACUGUCGCAGCGUCGACCACAGCCACACGGACACAGAAAAUCGAACGCCUUUCUGGACGUGCCCACAAUGAACAUGCAUCACCUGAGGGUGAACGAUGACGACGAGGAUGUGGAUCGUCUGCGCACAUUCAGUGCAUCCAAAGGAGGCAUCAUCAACCGUGGCGACUCCUUCAGAAGACGUCGCUCUCGCAGCAACAGCCUGGCACCCGUCAGUCCAAUGCAUGCGCGCAACGCCAUGGCGGGUCUUAAUGGAGGUGCAGGCGGAGGCGGGGGCGGUGGCAGCAGCCUUGGACUGGGCAGCGCCUACAAUGGCGGUGGCAGCCACAGCAAUGGCUUCGGCGAGCAGCCCGGCCAGGAGAAUCAUCAGCCAGUGGAAUUCUAUCGCGUGGAGAUGCUCGGCUCAGCGGGCGUUGGUAAACAGGCUCUAGUCUCACAGUUUCGCACAUCCGAUUGCAUAAAUGCCUACGAUGGACCAGAGUGCGAUGAGGGUGAACAGAACAUCUCGAUUAUCUUGAAUGGUACCGAAUCGGAGCUAAAGAUUCUCACGGGCAACACGGAGAGCAAGGAUGAACUGGAGCAGGCGGAUGCAUUUCUGGUGGUUUAUUCCUGCAUUGACAAGGAGUCCUUUACACGAGCCAAACAAAUCCUAUCGCGACUGCAGGACAUGGAUCUGUUGCGCCAUCGACCCACCAUUUUGGUGGCCAACAAAAUUGAUUUGGCCAGAUCACGCGCCGUCUCAGCGCAGGAUGGAAAAUGUGUGGCCUGCACAUUUGGAGCCAAGUUCAUAGAAGUAUCUGUGGGCAUUAACCAUAAUUGUGAUGAACUGCUCGCUGGCACUUUGACCCAAAUAAGGCUCAAAAAGGAUCACAAUCGAUUGCAGCUGAAUCCAAAAAAAUCUAAAGACAAAACUAAAUAUAAAGAUAGCAAAGACAAGCACGUAGAGACUGUAGAUACUGAUAAAUGUCUGACACUGACUGAUCUUAAGGCCGACGAAGCGGGUCACAGGGACGGCAGCUCCCCGGCGCAUUGGUAUAAAAGCCGUAGCGUAAUGUUGGCCAGCAUGAAGGCCCGCCAGAUGCUCACCUGGAUACUGGGCAAGGAGGAUUCCAAGUUUAAGCACUGCGAGAAUCUCCAGGUGCUCUAAAGCAACUGAAAUGAGUUUCAACACAUAAAGAUAAAACACCAAAAAUAUAUCUAUAUAUAUAUUUAUAUUAAUAUGCUAAGUAUAAUUAUGUAUGGUAAUUUUAAUAAUAAUUGUAUAAUCAAAACAUUAUAUUAACAGUAACCAAAGAGAAAAAGAACCAAUUCAAAACAGGUUUCGAUAUUUCGAUUACCAGUAACACACACACACACAUUGAAGAUGUCUGUCUAUAUGCUUAAUCAAAAUGUAUUUAAUGCCUGAUAAUCAAAAAUUAAAUCAAAUUUAAUGUAAAAGGCGACUUUAUGGAACCAAGCAAAUGCAACUUAAAACUAAACUUUAAACAAGAAAACGAAACAAAAUAAAACAAAUAUUAAAAGCUACCUAAAUCUACUCACUUAACUGAAAAUCAACAUUUCUAAGCUUUAAGCAAACUGAAAGUGAAAGUGAAAAUGAAAAUAAAUAUCUAUUUUCCCAUAAAACUAACAGUCUAGCAGAGAUUAACUAUUUACAACAUAUAUUCAAGUUAUCCCCUAAACUAUGCUAAACAAUAACGAGUUUUUAUAAGAUUUAUGUAAAUGUAUGUGUAGCGUGUAGAGAACUUUCAUCAAAGUUGAAAUUUUGUAAUUUCUAAGGUCAGUCUUAAUAUACAGGGUUUGCCAUUUAAGAUUUAAUCAAAACAAUGUAUGUAGUUAGUGGAAAAAAACCUUCUUUGAUCCAUUUGAGUUAUCAGUGUGUUAAAUUCUUUGUGUCUUCCGAUUAUGAAUAUGUAUAUAAUUAUAUAUAAUAUAUAUAUAUAUAGUCCAAUAUUGAAAGAUAUUGCAAUGUAAGGAAUUUGAGUGUCAUCCACAGAGAGACAAACGAAAGUUAUGUGAAUGUGGAUAGAACACAACAAUAAUAUAUGUACUAUAUAUUAAAUUAAUAUCGAUUAGAAAUGUUUAUAUAUUUGUGUGUAUAUAUGCUUAAUCACUUGUGGAUAUAACAACACUAUAAUAAAUGUUAAAUAAUCGACUUGAA